UAAAUGCUUAAUUCAGCAUGAAACUAUAUAUAAAAGCAUACAAGGGGAAGUUGUUUCAAGAACCCUACAAGCCUUAAAGCUUUACUGGUAUACAGUGGCUUAAGUUACUGCAUGCGGCCAAGUUUCAACGCCAUGGCGACGGCAAGUGUGAGGAGAAUGAAGCUUGGUUCACAAGGCCUGGAAGUAUCAGCUCAAGGCUUAGGAUGCUUUGGCAUGUCAGGUUUUUAUGGCUCCCCAAAGCCUGAACCUGAAAUGAUCUCUUUGAUCCACCAUGCCAUUAACAGUGGUGUUACUUUCUUUGACACCUCUGAAGCUUAUGGGCCUCUCACCAAUGAAAUCCUUCUUGGCAAGGCUCUGAAGGGAGGGAUGAGAGAAAAAGUUGAAUUGGCUACUAAAUUUGGUAUAAACCAUGGGGAUGAUGGCAAGAUGGAAAUACGUGGUGAUCCAGCUUAUGUGAGAGCUGCCUGUGAGGGGAGCUUGAACCGCCUUGGUGUUGAUUAUAUUGAUCUUUAUUAUCAGCAUCGGAUUGACACUCGAGUACCCAUUGAAGUCACGAUGGGGGAACUGAAAAAACUAGUUGAAGAGGGUAAAAUAAAGUAUAUAGGUCUAUCCGAAGCUUCUGCUUCGACAAUUAGACGUGCUCACGCUGUUCAUCCGAUAACAGCAGUGCAAUUGGAAUGGUCCUUAUGGGCAAGAGAUGUGGAAGAAGAGAUAGUUCCCACAUGCAGGGAACUUGGCAUUGGAAUUGUCGCAUACAGUCCUCUGGGACGAGGAUUCCUUUCAUCUGGGCCUAAAUUGAUUGACAGCUUUUCAAAGGAUGAUGUUAGACAGCGUUUCCCGAGGUUCCAACCCGAAAAUCUGGAGCACAACAAACUGCUAUUCGAGCGCGUAAGUGAAAUCGCAACAAAGAAGGGAUGCACGCCGUCACAGCUUGCACUAGCCUGGAUUCAUCACCAGGGAGAUGAUGUCUGUCCAAUUCCUGGAACCACAAAGAUUGAGAACCUCAAUCAGAAUAUUAAAGCGUUGUCUGUGAAACUGACGCUGCAAGAAAUAGCUGAACUUGAAUCCAUCACUUCGGCGGAUGCUGUGAAGGGUGAUAGAUAUUGGAGUGGUUUUCCUACUUACAAGGAAUCGGAAACGCCGUCACUGUCUUCAUGGAGAGCUUCUUGAAGUUGAAAUUCCUGCAGAGUUUGCAUUCUGCUGAUGCCUUUAACUUCAUGCAAUUUAUGCAAGGCUAAGUAUUUUCUGUAAAAUUAUUAUGCCUGAUUCUGAUAUGGAGAAGAGCAUAGCAGUUUAGUAUUUUGGCCAAUAAACAGAGUGUUCUGUCUGUAAUUCAUCAUUUAAAACUCAUCAAUCAUAUCAUUGAUUUACCUGUGUUUGACGUUGGGAAUUUGAUAUUUUCAUAUUCUGAAGGGGUAUUAUUGUAAUUAAAGAUGUGCUAGCUUAGAAUUAUAAAU